AUGGCCGGGGUUCGAACAGUCGCCACCAUCACGCUCCAUGACCUUUUCAACUCGGACAGAUUCGACUUCAAGGAAUUCCGCCGCUUGAUGGAAGUGGCAGUCGACUGGUCCUUCCGAGACAACCUGGAAUACAGAGGAGUCAUCUAUGCCACCGCGGACGGGUCGAAGUUCAAGAUCGCCGGGCCAAAUACAGAUAAAAGAGAAAGCAGCGUCACCAUGGAAGAGUACAAAAAGAUGCCCGAUGGCUACACCAACAUCGUAUCCGUCUACCAUGUGCAUCCCGGCCCCGGCGUGGUUGGGAACUGUAAACCCUCGGGCCUGGACGAAAAGGACGGCAAAGGAGACCUGUCCAACGCUCGCUCGACGUGGCCGGAAUGUUUCUACCUGGUCGUCACGGGGCGGAAGGAGCCCAAGGCCGGCUGGAACUUCAGGGACAGGUGCGAGAUUUACUUUCAGGGCACGACGCCCAACAAGAACGACUACCGCGUGUGGUACGUCUAUCCGAACUGGAAGUGA